UAAUCGUGGAGCAAAUGGAAAAGAUGCUUAGGUUUUUUUCUCGGUAUCCCGUUCCAUAAAAAAUUGUUAACAAUUUGAGAGGCAAAAAGGGGGAGAUUCGUCACCACCCCGGCACCAAUUAUCUUGUAUUGAGGUGAUUUCUACUCGACUUCUUCCUCUCCAAAAUUAAAAGGUAGUGUUGAAUUUUGUUAGCUUAGAAACCAGCUUUAUAUGUCGAAAUCGCAUUGUAUUUGAUAGUUGAUAAUGGUUUAAUUUGAACUGAUCUCCUUAUAAUUUAUUUUAUUUUUCCAGAAUUGUUUAUUCUUGAUGGUAAUCUUCCUCUAACAACAGUAUUUUUUCAAGAAUGUUUCUCUUGAAUUUUGAUUAGGAUGUUUAUGGUUUUCUCCUUGCCUUAAAAACUGGCUGCCCCUCACGUGUAAUAGGUGAAUGCUUUUCUCUUUAAUUCCUCUAGGCUUACUUCUCAAGCCCAUAAUCAAUUAUCUACAUACCCAAAAUUCCCAAAUUGAAAUCGUCUCCGUCUCUCUCGCUCGACUUCUCCUUCCAGUUCCAGAAUCCCUGAUUUCCUCUUCGCGGCUUGGCUAGUUGGCUUCGCUCAGUUCGCUGGAGCCUGGAGUCCCACUGGCCACUGUCUCAGACUCCCAGUGAGUUCAAACACCGAGUGGCCUCCUACCCCCAACGCCCACAGGCCACAGCGUGAUUUUUCAAACAUUCUUUGUACCUGGGCUUCAUCUGAGAUCUGACAUAUCGCUUCUGAUUUCUGUCGAGUGGCUGGGCAAUUUUGUUGUCGAACGAGUGAGUUCGAGUUCCCUUCCCUAGCUUGGGAGUUGUGACAGUGGAAUUCUCAAAGGUGUAACUCCACAGUUUUUGUCGAAAUUCUACUUCUCAGGCUCCGACAAUCACAGGAUCGGCCUUGCCACUAGAUCCCAGGUGGCUCCUACCGUGGGUGAGCGAGUCAGAGAAGGAUCAAGGUGUGGCAGCUGACAAGGAAAAAACAGCGAGGAUGGAAAUAUUACGUGGGAAGAGGGAGAAGAAGCUCAAGAGGAAGUCCAGAAAAGCUGAAAAUAACAAGGCUGAUGCUAUAGAAAUUCUUGAUGUUGAGAAUCUCGGUAGGCGAAAGGUGGUUGAGGGCAAUCAGGGACUUGAGAGAGACGUAAUUGCAGAAAUAGAGCAGGAUGACAUGGAGACGGUGAAGAAGGAAAAUAAAGCAAAAAAAGAUGCAAAGGGUACUAAGAUGGAGGAAGAGAAGAGUACUAAUGAGAACCAAGUGUUCGGAAUGUGCAGUGAGGACCUCAGUCCAGAUGCACUGAAGAAAGUUGAAAAAAAGAGGAGGAAAUUACAAAAGAACAAGAAUGUAGAUAAACAAAGUCCCGAGACUGAAAAUAUGGCCAAAAUGAAGAGUGGUAAAGAAGUUGAAAAAGGAAUAAAGAGCAAGACAAAGGGAAAAGACCAUAAGGAUGGCUAUACUGAAAACAAGGGAAGAAAAAAAGUUCGAAAAGAGAUUGGAACAUGUAGCGAGAUUCGCGAAGUAAAUGCUUUGGAAAGGGUUGUAGGGGAGAAGAAAAGGAAAAGAGAGAAAAAACGGAGCAAGGAUGAUGGCAGUGGGGAAAAUGAUACUCUCACUGCAGCUUCUGUAGUUUUCAGAACUGAUGAUGAUUCGAACACAAACAAGAUUAUGGAUGGAGAGAAGAGAAGUAAAAAUAUGGUUGAGACUUUCAUCGAGGGACAAGAUGGAGUUUUCUCGAAGAAGGUUGAAAAGACGAAGAAGAGGAAGAUCAGGAAAGAAGAAAAUGAGAAGUCCAUGUUGCAGCAAGAUGUACUGACAGAAGCUACAGUAGAUGCUGAGGGGGAUGUUGUGGAGAAGACUGUAAUGAAGAAGAAGAAGAAGAGGAAAAGGAAAGAAAACCCUACGGAGUAUUUAUCUGAUAUUGAGCAAGAAGGAAAUGGUCAUUUGAGCAUGGAUGAAACACGGGAUAAUGAACUAGAAAAUGAGAAUAAAGGGAAGAAGAAAAAGCCUAAGUUAGUUGAAAAUGGUUUGGAUGGUACUAAAACAAAAAAUAGUAACAAGAAAGUAAGAUUUUCCAGUCAUGUUGAGGUUUUCCCACCAACAGAUGAUUUAAAUGCUGUGACAGGAAACGAUGAGGAAGAUAAUCUGGUACGAGGUAAGAGGUUCACACGUGAAGAAGAUAAGAUUGUGGAAGCAGCUGUCUUUAAGUACAUAGAGGAACAUGACUUGGGUGAAGAAGGUUUAAAGAAGGUUUUGAAUAGUCGUAAGUACCCCGAAGUGAGAAAUUGUUGGAAGGAGAUCGGGUCUGCCAUUCCAUAUAGACCAUACAAUGCUGUUUAUUUCCGUGCACAAAUAUUGUUUCGAAGGUCUGACACUCGUAAAUGGACUGAAGAGGAGUAUGAAAUGGUUCGAGAGUGCCAAAAGGAGCAUGGGAAUCGGUGGAGGGCAUUGGCUGAUGAACUUGGAAAACAUAGUUGGCAUGUCAAGGAUGCUUGGCGCAGAAUAAAAUUACCCAAUGCAAAAAAAGGACACUGGUCUCAAGAGGAGUAUCAAGGUUUAUUUGAUCUAGUAAAUGCUGAUCUACAACGUAGAGUUUCCGAAGAGAAGAGAUCAAAGCAUGGCAUGUUACGGGAUAAUAUUUGUUGGACGGCAAUUAGUGAUAAACUGUCUACUCGAAAUCAAGCAAAUUGCUGUAUGAAAUGGUACAAACAGUUAACAUCACCUAUGGUGGCUGAAGGUAUGUGGGCUGAUGUUGAUGACUAUCGACUACUUAGUGUGCUUUAUAACUUGGAUUCAACUUGCAUAGAAGAUGUCGAUUGGGACAAUCUACUCGAUGACAGAUCUGGAGACCUGUGUCGAAUGCGUUGGAAUCAAAUGGUUCUUCACAUUGGUAAACACGGGACCAAGUCAUUUGCUGAACAAGUUGAAGUAUUGGCACAGCGUUAUUGUCCAGAUCUACUUGAAGCAAGAGAGGCCUGGGAUAGGAAACCAAGGGUUCCGUGAGGGACUGUUUCGCAUUAGCUUAUGCUUCAUAUUUGCGUGUACGAGGUAAGACCUAGACGUGCUUAGAGGUAAUCUAUAUCGUCAAUAUUGUCUGGCAAUUGAAUUUUUUGUCGUGAAAAUUGUAACUUGAUAAUUUGGUGUGAUUCGGUUAUUUUAUUUCUGUUUCUAUA